AUGACUCUGUGUGAGCACAUGAAGAUUCUCUCAAGGGUCCAAGUUCUAAAGUUUUGGUUUGUUCUUGAACGUGGGAAAAUAGAUCCUUUGUCCUACAAGUUUUCAUCCUCCUUUCCAAAUGGGUCGUCAUCUGAAUUGUAUGGGAAAGUUAAAGUUAAUUCCUUUAUGGAUGAUACCUCCCAUUCCCAAGACAAUGCAUUGAAAUCGGAGGGCAUGAGAAAGACAGUGCAUGAUGUAUGCCGGGUCUUGGACACUGGUCCUUGGGGACCUGCUAUUGAGGAUGCCCUCAAUACGUUUGAUGAUAUGCCUCAACCAGAAUCGGUUGUUGGAGUAAUAAGGAGGUUGAAAGAUGUGAAGGCGGCAUUGCAGUAUUUUAGGUGGGUGGAGAGAAAAACUGAACAGCCGCAUUGCCCUGAAGCCUACGACGCACUUCUCAUGCUCAUGGCCAGGACCAGAAAUUUGGACUACUUGGAACAGAUUCUUGAAGAAAUGAGUAUAGCUGGAUUUGGACCCUCCAACAAUACCUGUAUCGAGUUGGUUUGCAGAUUUAUCAAGUCUAAGAAGCUAAGAGAAUCUUUUGGUGUAAUUGAAACAAUGAGGAAGUUCAAGUUUCGCCCUGCUUAUUCGGCUUAUACCACACUGAUUGGUGCUCUCUCUGCAGCUCAUGAAGCUGAUCUCAUGCUCACUCUCUUGCAUCAGAUGCAGGAAAUAGGUUAUGAAGUAAGCGGACAUUUGUUUACCACACUUAUUCGUGUAUUUGCCAGGGAGGGUCGCAUUGAUGCUGCUCUAUCCUUACUGGAUGAGAUGAAGAGUAACUCGUUUAAUGCUGAUAUUGUCCUCUAUAAUGUAUGUAUUGAUUGUUUUGGUAAACUUGGUAAGUUGGAUAUGGCCUGGAAAUUCUUUCAUGAAAUGAAAUCACAUGGGUUGGUGCCUGAUGACGUGACAUAUACUAGCAUGAUAGGGGUUCUUUGCAAGGCUGAGAGGUUGGAUGAAGCUGAAGAGUUGUUUGAAGAACUUGAUAGCAACAGGAGUGUCCCUUGUGUUUACGCUUAUAAUACCAUGAUAAUGGGUUAUGGUUCAGUUGGGAAAUUUGAUAAAGCAUACAGCUUACUUGAGAGGCAAAAGAGAAAGGGAUGCAUACCUAGUGUAAUUGCAUAUAAUUGCAUUCUGACUUGCCUUGGAAGGAAGGGAAAAGUUGAGGAAGCAUUGAGAAUCUCUGAAGAAAUGAAAAUAGAUGCAGCACCCAAUCUUGCAACCUACAAUAUAUUAAUUGACAUGCUUUGUAAGGCAGGGAAACAUGAAGCUGCUUUGAAAGUUCGGGACUCCAUGAAAGAGGCUGGCUUAUUCCCUAACAUCAUGACUGUAAAUAUUAUGAUUGAUCGACUGUGUAAAGCUCAACGACUUGAUGAAGCUUGCUCCAUAUUCUUAGAAUUGGAUCAUAAAGUUUGCACCCCUGACGCAGUAACAUUUUGUUCACUUAUUGAUGGCUUAGGCAGACAAGGCAGGGUGAAUGAUGCCUAUUUGCUUUAUGAAAAGAUGUUAGAUUCUGACCAGUCUCCAAAUGCAGUGGUAUAUACAUCCCUUAUUAGGAAUUUUUUCAAGUGUGGUAGGAAGGAGGAUGGUCACAAAAUCUAUAAAGAGAUGAUGCAUAGGGGCUGUUCUCCUGAUCUGAUGCUCCUUAAUAAUUACAUGGAUUGUGUUUUCAAAGCUGGUGAAAUUGUGAAAGGCAGGGCUUUAUUUGAAGAAAUAAAGGCUCAGGGUCUAACUCCUGACGUUCGGAGCUACUCAAUUUUAAUUCAUGGUCUUGUGAAAGCAGGAUUUUCAAAAGAAACAUACAAGUUGUUUUAUGAGAUGAAGGAGCAAGGACUACAUUUGGAUACCCGCGCUUACAACAUUGUUAUUGAUGGAUUUUGCAAGUCUGGAAAGGUCAACAAAGCUUACCAGUUACUGGAGGAAAUGAAGACAAAGGGUCUCCAACCAACAGUUGUAACUUAUGGUUCUGUCAUUGAUGGACUUGCUAAAAUUGACAGGCUUGACGAAGCAUAUAUGUUAUUUGAAGAAGCAAAAUCAAAAGGUAUUGAUUUGAAUGUAGUGAUCUAUAGUAGUCUUAUUGAUGGGUUUGGGAAGGUUGGACGGAUUGAUGAAGCAUAUUUAAUUUUGGAGGAGUUGAUGCAGAAAGGUUUGACUCCAAAUACAUAUACAUGGAAUUGCUUACUUGAUGCUUUAGUGAAAGCUGAGGAAAUUGAUGAAGCUCUUGUGUGCUUCCAGAACAUGAAAAACAUGAAAUGCCUUCCGAAUGAAGUAACUUACAGCAUUAUGAUAAAUGGUCUUUGUAAGGUUAGAAAAUUUAACAAGGCCUUUGUGUUCUGGCAAGAAAUGCAGAAACAAGGGUUAAAACCCAAUACUAUCACAUACACCACCAUGAUUUCAGGACUGGCAAGGGUUGGGAACGUUCUAGAGGCAAACGACCUCUUUGAGAGAUUUAAGUCAAGUGGGGGCAUACCUGAUUCGGCUUGUUAUAAUGCUAUGAUAGAAGGAUUAAGCAGUGCCAAUAAGGCAAUGGAUGCAUAUAUACUUUUUGAGGAAACUCGACUUAAAGGUUGUCGUAUACAUAGUAAAACGUGUGUUGUUCUUUUAGAUGCUUUGCAUAAGGUGGACUGCCUUGAGCAGGCAGCGAUUGUUGGUGCUGUCUUAAGAGAAAUGGCAAAGUCUCAACAUGCUACAAGAUAG